GGGUCUCUUUGCCAUGGGGUCUCUGCUUCUCCUGUCGCUGCCCCUCUUACUGGUGGCCGCGUACCCGGUAGGUGCAAGUGCCCGGAGGCGCCACGGUGAGAUGCCGCAAAGCCCCAGCCCCAGUUCUCCCGCGCGCUUCGGAGCCUCGGUGCCAUUCUGGGUGCGUUUACGUCCGGAGCUGGUGGCAGUGGCCCCGGGGCGCUCGGUGUGGCUGAACUGCAGCACGGGCUGCCCCCUGCCAGCGAACCCCAGCCUUUUCACUCAGCUGCAGCGGGGCUCCCCUCUCGCUUUAGAGCGGCCCCGCAGCGUGAUUCUGGAGCCGCCUGUGCUCUCGGGCGGCCGGUACACUCUGCGCUGCCACGUGACGCACGUGUUCCCCGUGGGCUUCCUGAUGGUGACCCUGAGGCACGGCGGCCGGAUCAUAUAUUUUGAGAGCCUGGAGCGCUUCAAAGACCUAGAUCCGGCCAAUGUGACGCUGACCUACACGUUUCGCGCCAGGACCAGUGACCUCCGGCAGCCCGUGACCUGCCACGCGCGCCUCACUCUCGACGGCCUCGUGGUGCGCAGCAGCUCGGCGCCCGUCAUCCUGACAGCCCUGGAUUGGAGCCCAGAGUCCAAAGUCUUGGCCUCCGCCUCCAUCGCGGCCUUCCUGGGGAUCCUCCUGGCAGUGGGGGCCACCUUCCUGCGCAGGUGCCUAGCGAUGGGGCCUGCCGGGUUGUGCUCUGCCGGCUGAGCUCGAGGAAGAGGAAAUCUGGGACAAUUUGCAAUUAGGAUCAAUAAAGCUUUCCACGGCCACUCUGGGUUCCAUCUCAUGGUCCUUGAAAGAAACAACAGUCUCCUUUUGGGGCCCUGCUUUCUUCAAAUUCCCUGUCUCCUUCAGGACAACUGAGUUUGUCCCGCAAGGCCCACGAGGGGUCCCAGAGUCUUAGCCCCUCCACAUUUCCAACCUGCAGUAAAACUCUUUCUGCUGGCUUUAUCGGUGCGGUGCAGAUGGGCUAAGAAGGGGCCCGGGAAGGCGCUGGGCCCGAGGAGGGCGGGCUCGCGGUAUGGUUGUUCCUGAUUGGGUCCGCCGCCACCACGCAGCAACUCCGAUUGGAUGUUAACUUUUCUUUCCCUCCCACACCCCCACCUCCACUUUGAACCUGGCGCUUUCUGGAGCCCCCCUCCGAUGGAGCAAGAACGCAUCCCCAUAGUUCACUUUUAACCACAAGUGAGCGGGAUCACAAGGACGAGGAGGUAUCCGCGUAGUGACAGCGAGGAAGAGGUAGUCAGGUGGAACACGUGGGAUGUCACAGGCUCGCGUCCUAGUACCGUCCUGGCAGUUAUCCGGGCGGGUGGGCACAUGGAGAGGGUGGGUGUUAAGGCUUGGAGUCCACGUACGGGGUCCAAAGCGUCACAGCUGGUCUCUUGGUCUCCGGUGGCUGCAAAAUCCAGGCCCACG